AUGGCGGUGGUCCUGGAUGCUUUCGCAUCCUACAUCAAGAAUAUGCUCGCGGAGAUGGCAAGAGAAGAGGUGGGCAUGCUGCUUGGAGUCCCUGGCGAGAUUGAUAAGAUGGGCUCUAGGCUUGGCGACCUCAAAAACUUCCUUGCCGAUGCUGAUAGAAGAAACAUCACCGACCAGAGCGUGCGUGGGUGGGUGAAGGAGCUCAAGGGCAUCAUGUACCAGGCCACUAACAUCCUCGACCUAUGUCAGCUCAAGGCCAUGGAGAGGGCUCCGUUCACAGCUGACAUGGGGUGCUUCAACCCCUUGCUCUUCUGUAUGCGGAAUCCCCUCUUCGCCCACAACAUUGGCACCCGCAUCAGGAUGCUCAACCAGAGACUGGAUGACAUCUGCAAGAGGGGUGACAAAUUCAACUUCAUCAACCUUGGUUUCUACGAGGACCAUAAUUACAGGUUGACCUCUCGCCAAGCUGCCAACCGAGAGACAACAGGAGAGAAUGUACAGUCAGGUGUGGUCGGGGAGAAGAUCAAAGAAGACACAAGAGAGCUGGUCGAGAUGCUAAUUGAAAAAAAAGGUAGUAACAACAGGGGCAGCAGCAAUGUCAUGGUGGUCGCCAUCGUGGGUGUGGGUGGGAUCGGAAAGACAACCCUUGCUCGGGAGAUAUUUAACCACGACACUAUAAAGGAGAUGUUUGACAAGACUAUAUGGUUGAGCGUCAACCAGGACACCGACAAGGUUGAGCUGCUCAGGACAGCCAUCACCCUUGCUGGGGGUGACCACCGUGGUGAAAAAGCAAUGACUGUUCUUCAGCCAAGACUUGCGGCUGCCUUGAGAGGCAAGAAGCUGUUCCUGGUGAUGGAUGAUGUGUGGAACCAUGGAGUAUGGGAGGAUUUGCUUGAAGCACCCAUGGUUAAUGCCGUAGCUCGAGGUAGUCGAGUCAUCAUCACUACCAGACAUGACACGGUUGCCAGAGGGAUGAAAGCCUUGCUGCCCUACCAUCAUGUUGACAAACUAGAGGCCAGUGAUGCUUGGUCAUUGCUCAAGAAACAGGUUCCAACUAUCCUUCUGUCUUAA